AUGCCAACCAUGAUUCACCUAGCCAGGGUCGUCUUAGUCGCCAUUGUGCUCUUACUGGUUUCUGGUUCAGCCAUGGCUGCACCCUCAUGCAAAAACGUAAUGAAUGAAAUGCAUCCUUGCGUUCCUUUCCUAACAAAAAGGGAGGACCAGCCAUCGAGUUCUUGCUGCAAUGGUCUCAAGUACAUUGGCUCGUACUUUCACUCCAAGAGAGAUCGGCAGGCGAUAUGUGUGUGCCUUAAGCAAGGAGCCAAAUUUCCUGUUGAUAAUUCAGUCGUUGCUUCUCUCCCCAAGAAGUGUCGAGUGUCCAUAAAACUGCCACCCUUCUCUCACAGCCAGAUUGAUUGCUCAACAUUCUAA